AUGUCGGCCAUCAGAGACACACCGGCUGGCCAGUUCUUGCGUCUAAUCGGGUUCAAGUCAUGGCUGUAUUAUCCAGAGGAAGUCACCGGUUUCGAGUUACCUAACCUGCCUUUUGUCUCGGAGGCAGUCCUUCCUCCCUUAGGCGACGAUGCCAGCGAAAGGGACAUUGAGAAGCGUCUCCCCAGUGUCUUGGUCAGAUUGGCCACUCCUCCUGACGAGCUCUCAAGUGCCAUCUCGCAGAAGGCUCUGGCCGAGCCCAUUGUGGUCUCCUUCACCGAUGACGACAACGAGAACCCCCGAAACUGGUCUGCCGCGAAGAAGACAUGGACCGUCACCUUGAUCAAUGUUUAUACUUUCGUCGUUUACUGCACGGCUUCGAUUAUCACCCCCACUGCUGGCUUCAUCGUUGAACGAUUCAAUGUCUCGGUUUCUGUUGCCAGUCUUGGUCUCUCGAUGUACGUCGUCGGUUACGGAACGGGCCCGAUGUUCUUUUCCCCUCUCAGUGAAGUCCCAACUAUAGGACGGAACCCCCCGUACCUAUAUUCCUUCUUCGCAUUCUUCCUUGUCUCCAUUGGCCUAGCAUUCGUCGAUAACUUCCCCGGCCUGAUCAUCCUCCGGUUCCUUCAGGGCUGGUUUGGCAGCCCUUGCCUGGCCAGCGGUGCCGCCUCCAUCGAAGAUGUCUACGACGUAUACAGCGCCCCAUACGGCUACAUCUGGUGGGUAGCCAGCAUGUACUGCGGCCCUGCCUUCGGGCCACUGUUGGCCGGCUACGUCGUCUCGCAUAACUGGCGAUGGCCGCUAUAUGAAGUCGUCAUCAUGGGCGCUGUGGUCCUUGUCUUCCUCUCUUUCCUCCCCGAGACAUCCCCCCAGACCAUCCUUCUCAACCGUGCCAGACGUCUCCGCAAAGCCACAGGCAACAACGCAUAUAAAGCACCCUGCGAACUCAAACCUCUCGCGUUUGCCAAGAUGCUCCUUGCAGCACUUAACAAGCCGUUGGAAAUCACCGUCAAGGACCCCGCCAUCCUCUAUGCCUGUGUCUACGGCUCCAUUGUCUAUGCCACUUACUAUUCUUUCUUCGAGGCUUUCCCGCUCGUCUACCUAGGCACCUACCGUAUGUCCCUCGGCGGCAUGGGACUCAUCUUUACCUCCCUAACCGUCGGCUGUAUAUGUGGUCUGAUCACCUACUCUCUCUACAUUACGUACUACUUCAUCCCUCGGGCGCGAGCAUACCACACAGAAAAAGGCGAACUCGUCGCUCAAGAGCAGUGGCUCCUCCCGGGCCUCUUUGGGGUCUGGGGCCCGCCGGUCGGUCUGCUGACGUUCGCCUGGACUGCGCGCACGGGCAUUCACUGGGUGGUGCCGACGCUGGGCAUCGGCAUCUUCGCCUUCUCGACCUUUUUCAUCUUCCAGGCCCUGAUCUGCUACGUGCCGCUGUCGUACCCUCGCUACGUCGCCAGCCUGCUCGCUGCCAAUGACUGCGCGCGCUCCUUGCUGGCCGCCGCCUUCGUCCAGUUCUCCCGCCAGAUGUACAUGAACCUCGGCAUCGAUAGGGGCGUCACCCUCGUGGCGGGUCUGUCUGUCGUCGGUAUCUUCGGCAUGUACGGCCUCUAUUUCUACGGCGCCAGUCUGAGGGCCCGGAGCAAGUUCACCGGGUGA